GACGAAGAGGCUCGACGCUCUGUGGAGGGCCCUCCUGGAGCUCCAGUUUUGGCAGAAAGGUCCUUUCCCAUCCAUCCACUUCCCUUUUCGAAGCGGAAGUCAUCAUGGGCGCCUACAAGUACGUGGAGGAGCUGUGGAGGAAGAAGCAGAGCGAUGUGCUCCGCUUCCUUCUUCGCGUGCGCUGCUGGGAGUACCGUCAGUUGCCCAGCAUCGUGCGCCUGACCAGGCCAUCUCGCCCCGAUAAGGCCCGCCGCCUGGGCUACAAGGCUAAGCAGGGCUUCGUCGUGUACCGCGUGCGCGUUCGCCGCGGUAACCGUAAGCGGCCAGUGCACAAGGGUAUUGUCUAUGGAAAGCCGGUGAACCAGGGUAUCACUCAGCUGAAGGCCGCCCGCAACCUGCGCAGCGUUGCAGAGGAGCGUGUUGGUCGCAAGUGCGGCGGCCUGCGUGUCCUGAACUCGUACUGGGUGAACCAGGACUCCUGCUACAAGUACUUCGAGGUCAUCCUCGUGGACCCGGCGCAUACCACCAUUCGCAACGAUGCGCGCAUCAACUGGUUGUGCAACCCGGUGCACAAGCACCGCGAGCUGCGCGGCCUGACCUCUGCCGGCAAGCAUUACCGCGGCCUGCGCGCCAAGGGCCACAAGGCCAGCAAGACCCGCCCCUCGAAGAGGGCCAGCUGGAAGCGCCGCAACUCGCUGUCGCUGCGCCGCUUCCGCUAAACGUUUGGAUCAUAUUACCCUAUGUAACGAAUUUGGAACUACUGCGCCUUGCGUCCAAAUGAGCAGAUCAUGAUCCACGUUUGCACGGAGGUACACAAGGGGGCAAGGCAAAGGGCCGGUCGGUUGAUUGCUAAGCGACUUCAACUCGUGGCUGGAAAGGCGGAAAAUUAUUACGG